AACAAAUCUGUGCGUACGAACGGUUCUUGCAUGAGGCCCAAUGUGUACAUACUUACUGUACUUGGAAUCAAACUGAAGUAUUACUGCCGAUACAAAAUUUGAGAUGUUCACAGACGUGUCGAUAUCACACAAAUGUUAUGCAAAUUAGUUUAUUGCAAUUCAUUCACAAAGUAUUCUUGUCAUUUUCUUUUGAUAUUCUUUGAUUCUGCUUUUUUUUUUCAAUCAGUCACAGUUUCAACCUCCCCCACAGUUUUCUCAUAUUCUGAAACACAGAAACUAAACUGCGAAGGGUUUGAGACCGGCUUCAAGGGCUUGCAACAACUCGCUGCAUAUGUGAGGAAUUUCAUUGCUUUGUAAAUCCAAAACUUCAGCAACACAAAAGCAAAGCUCUGCAACUUGUCACAAAACGAACAAUCCUCACGAACAUUUUGAGACAUUUUAGAAUCUCCUUUGUGAAUUCCGAUCACAACUGAUUGCAAACAGGUGCAGCACAGUGAGAAACUGACCUAAUGCCGUGACUUAAAAUUGUUCCAGAUACUUUUCUUUGAAUGAAAGCUUACUUUAGUAACCCACGUUUUUGUGUUGCAGUGAUUGUUUUAUGGGUUCAGACUUAUUAGAUUUGUGCCAAGAUGACGGAAACCAAAGGAAUAUGUUGUUCAGCAGUUUACUCUCCAAAACUUUGAUCUCUUUAUCCAUAUCAUUUCACUAAAUGUUUUCUCUGCGCAGUAUUAAGAAUGGUCAGGAGUAAGAUAAAUAAUUGUGCUAAUCUAAUUCCAGAUUUAUCAUGGUCCAUAAGCUUCUACGUUUGAAGCAAAAAAAAAAGCAUUUCACACUUUAUCUCCAAACAGGAUUACACAAUGUCACACCAUAAUCCUGCAGUACCGCUCCCAUCUUUUCCUGAGCCAAUUCAAGAACUCCAAGCUCAUCCAUGUGGCAUUUCCAAUGCCAAGCUUCUCCUGUAUCUGAGGCACUGUAUAAAACGAAACAGACAGCUGUUCAUGUGUUUAUCUCAGUACAAAUUUAUCCCCUAAACAGUCUUUCAGAUCUGAAUCACUGCUUUAGUUUUAUAAAGUCAUAUAUGUCAGGGAUAACAAAAUGAUGGCACAAGGACCAUUCAAUUAACAGCCCUCUUUUGUUCCCCCAGUUUGCUCUGCUGUGAACACACUGCAGAGUUUUUAAUGAAUGUGAACACUGAGGACUCCCAGGUGACCCGCUGGUGCUGUGGAGUGAUAAUGAAAAGGGCGGGUGCUUUAGAGGAACCUGUCCAAGCUGCAGCUUUAGCCAUUACUCAUUCACUGGAGAUGCUCUGUGGCCGGAGAUGUGUGCUUGACGUUUUCUCGCUCCGUCUGUGCCGAGCAAAGACAGGGGAAAAAAAAUUAGCAUGGUGACUCUUUGAACUCGGAAAUGAGAGGCGAGCCCACACCUGUGGGGGUCUCGGGGAACAUCACCAUUUGGGAGGAGUCCUUUGACGUUGUUCUCGUCGUGGUGAAUUGCUUAGUUCUGUUGAUCACUUCAGUUGUGGGGAUUGCAGCGAACGCUUUUGUCAUCCUGGCGGUGUGUCAUCAAAAGUCCCUGCAAACUUCUGUCAACGCUCUGGUGGUGAACCUCGCGGUUGUUGACGCGCUGCGUUGCGUAAUCGACUGCCCCGUCCUGUUGAACAUCAUCACGACUGUGCAUCGAAGAGGACGAGUGGGCGGUUUGUUCUGUGACACACAGAUGGCUUCUUUCUCUUUCAGCUGCUGCGUCCAGUUGUCAACGUUAGCGUGCAUAAGCGCAGAGAGGUACCAGGCAAUCGCAAAACCCUUCGAAGCCAGACAACGAAAAAGACGGGUCAGGACACUGAUUCCUCUCACGUGGACCUUGGCUGUUCUGGUGGCAGUUUUUUGUCAGAUAUUUUUGAGAGACUCACCUGUUUACGUUAGAUGCCAAGGCUGGCAAAGAGGAACAUUCCCCUCCUUUGACACAAGUGGACUUUACGUGCUGCUCCCACUGUGGGCAUCAUGUUUUGGUCUCAUCACUGGAUUCUACAUGCGCAUAUUUGCUUUAGUGAGAUCACACAACCGCAAAAUAUUUGACAAAGGCAUUUCUGCUGCCAACAAGGGCUCGGCAGAAAAUAAGCAAAACCCAGAAACCACUGUUGUAAAAACCGAACCCGAGCAGAUCCAAAGUGUUGCUCAAACGCAGCCUGGAUCAAAUCAAUUCAUGAAAAAAUCCCCUCUGACCUCGGGAGAAGCUCCACAGAGUGAAUCUGUCAGUUCUGAGGGGGAAACAGAAUUUAAAAAUCCAGCAGAGAUGAGUCACUUGGAAAAAGAUCGACCCCACCCUCUCGCAGGGCAAGUCGAGGAGAAACCAUUAAAGGCAGAGAGCUGCAGCCCCAUUUCCAUGAAAACUGAAAGAGAAGCAUCAAAUCAAGACCCUGCCGCAAACGUUCCGAGCUCAAACGAUGCGAUGCAAAACGGGUCAACCAAUUUGAACACUGAAAAUCUGUUCGAAGAUACCCUGAAAACUGACACGGCAUACAAAGAGACGAGACCCCAGGUUGUAAUGCCUGAACAAAGAGAGGAUCCUGAAGCUGCUUCCGUCCUAAUGACUGAUCUGAAGCAGGUAAAUAACAGCACCAGAGCAGAAGAAGCACAGGGGGCUCCUGUAGUAGACCAAAUGCCUUCACCACAACCAGACCCAAAUAACGAAGCUAUGAGGUUAGAAGGCGCCGUUUGCAUCAUGCCUUCAAAAGCAAGUAAAGAGAGAGUGAGGAAAAGAAAAGAAAGCAAAUUGGCCAAGCGCGCAGGAUACAUAAUCAUAACCUUCCUGUUGUUCUGGUUGCCUCUGCUCACGAGCAUCCUGGUUAACUUAGUGGUCCACAAAAACAGGACUCCACGGAAGCUGAUCGUUCAAGACCUGGAGAUCCUGUCGGUGUCUGUGACCUGCAUCACAUCGCUAAGUGAUCCGAUAAUAUACGCCGCAGUCAACCCUCAGUUUCGCUCCGAGUUUUACAAACUGAAGAGCUCGAUUAAAUCCAGAUUCACCAGGAGCUAAAAACACCUUCUCUACAGGCUUCAUUUUAUUGAUACAAAAUUUUUUUAAAAAUGGUAAUGUUAUCAACAUCAUGAGGAAAAGAAAUUAACACAUCUGAGCCCCACUUGUCAACGUGUGAGUUUUUAUUUUCUACACGACUGCUGGCUCCUCAGCAGCUGCUAAACACCGCCAAGCGGAGGUGACGCGUGCUGCGCGGAGCUGCUUGGACCAACACAAUCAGCUCAGCAUGGGGGCGUGGGGGUUGAGGGUGGGGGGAGGUGGUGCUAUGUCUUCAUCAAACAAUCACUCAGGGGACCAGCUUGUGUGUCUCCAGACGCCCUGCUGCCAGGACCCACCGCUGGGCAAGUCAGGCCCUCACACGUUCUCCUUCUUGCACCACCUCAUUAUCCAGACCUUCCUAAAACAAAUCCUCUCUGACUCAGGGAUAAAACCAAAAACAAAACAUGAUUAAAUCCUCAUAAUAAUGUUGUAGUCAAAAAUAAUAAUAAAGACACGGGUUGCUUUAUGGAUGCUUCAGUAGAGCUACAGCGUUUAUUCUGUCCACUGCACCAAAUCCACAAUCUGUGUUUGUUGCCUUACCCUUAAAGGGAUAGGUCACACUUUUUGAAGUGGGUUUCUGUGGAAAAGUUAUGAACAGAAAUGGUAUUUGCUCUUUGGACCAACUCGAGAUAAAAACACACUGAGAACACCGUGGCGCAGUGCGUCAUUGGAAGCACAAUUAAUGCCACUGAAACGUAUUAUAGGAAGCAUCAAGCUGAAGUGCACUGUGAAAACAUAGAUCGGUUUUAAAAUAUUAGCUUGAUUUUUUUUGUUUGUUUUAUUCUCAUCAUAAAACCCCAACUUCUUAAGCAGUGUAUUGACAGGUAAGUUAUUUAUUUAAUUUGCCUUUGUCCUCAUAAUGAUAGAGCAUGUCCGGUGCCCUUGAAUAAAAAAAAAAAAAGAAUGUGUGGC